AUCAAAUUUUUCUCAUUAACAAACCCACCAUUUUGUUGUAUCCAAUGACGUGGUCCAAUGGGGGAAGAGCUUCCGUUUUUCUGCAACUCCAAUGGUCCAACUAUGGUGGGAGGGAAGCCAUUAUAAAUUAAGCCCUUCAGAAAGCCAACUCUCUACCUCUCAUCAUCACUCUGGUGAUUCAUAUCAACCACUCUCCCUCUCACUCUCUCUCUCUCUCUCUCUCUCUCUCUCUCUCUCUCUCUCUGAGCAAAGAACUAGAGAGACCCAUUUCCUCUUCUCCACCAAGAAAUCUGAAACUUUCAACUCUUCAUUGGUUCUUCUUGUUGGUGUUCCUGUGUUGGGUCUUGCUAGUUCAAUUGCAAUUGAGGCUAUUAGAUUUCCAAUGGCUCUGUCAUCGUUUUCCUUCCCUGGUCAUCUACUUAGAGAAUUAGCUACAGAUCCCCUCAGACCCACUUCUAGCUCUUAUCAUCUGUUCAGGGGAGCAGAUCUGCAGAACCCAAAUCAGAACAGGCUUACCCAGGUCGGAAAUCUCUUUAUCUAUAUCUCUACAGUAAUUAGAAUGCUAGCCAACCAAACCACAUUGUUGAAUGGAGAAUAUGGAAGGAAUUCAGAAUUUUGGGCCAAGAAAAGGUGGGGUGGUGUAUGUGCAUCACUAUCAGAGAAAGGAGAGUAUCACUCAGAGAGACCACCAACUCCUCUUUUGGACACUAUUGAUUUUCCAAUCGACAUGAAAAAUCUAUCAAUUAAGGAACUUGAACAACUCGCUGAUGAGCUACGUUCCAGUGUCAUCUUCGACGUUUCUGCCACCGGAGGUCACCUGGGUUCAAACCUUGGAGUGGUUGAGCUUACAGUGGCUCUCCAUUACGUCUUUGAUGCUCCCCAGGAUAAGAUACUAUGGGAUGUGGGUCACCAGACUUAUCCACACAAAAUCCUGACUGGGAGGAAAGGUAAGAUGCAAACUAUACGUCAGACAGAUGGGCUAUCGGGAUUCACCAAACGCUCCGAGAGCGAAUAUGAUUGCUUCGGUGUUGGUCACAGUUCAACCAGUAUCUCUGCUGCCUUGGGGAUGGCUGUUGCAAGGGAUCUGAAGGGGGGAAAGAACCAUGUAGUUGCAGUUAUAGGGGAUGGUGCCAUGACUGCAGGCCAAGCUUAUGAAGCCAUGAACAAUGCUGGGUACCUAGACUCAGACAUGAUUGUGAUCCUCAAUGACAACAAACAGGUUUCCCUACCAACUGCUUCUCUUGAUGGCCCUAUACCACCUGUAGGAGCUUUGAGCAGUGCACUCAGUAGGUUGCAGUCCAGUAGGCCCUUUAGACAACUAAGGGAAGCUGCCAAGGGAGUUACAAAGCAGAUUGGUAGGCCAAUGCAUGCACUAGCAGCAAAAGUUGAUGAAAAUGCCCGUGGGAUGAUCAGUGGAUCCAGUUCAUCACUCUUCGAGGAGCUUGGUCUCUAUUAUAUUGGGCCUGUUGAUGGCCACAACAUAGAUGAUCUUGUGUCCAUUCUUGGAGAAGUUAAGAGAACUCAAUCAACAGGUCCUGUACUCAUCCAUGUUGUGACUCACAAAGGUCGAGGAUAUCCAUACGCAGAGAAAGCUGCGGAUAAGUACCAUGGUGUUACUAAGUUUGAUCCAGCAACUGGAAAGCAGUUCAAAGCUCCUGUUCCUACUAAAUCUUACACCACAUAUUUUGCGGAGGCUUUAAUUGCAGAAGCAGAGGUGGACAGAGACAUUGUUGCUAUACAUGCUGCAAUGGGAGGAGGGACAGGCCUGAAUCUAUUCCUCCGCCACUUCCCAACGAGAUGCUUUGAUGUUGGCAUAGCAGAACAGCAUGCGGUCACUUUUGCUGCAGGCCUAGCCUGUGAAGACCUUAAACCAUUCUGUGCUAUCUACUCAUCCUUCAUGCAGAAAGCAUAUGAUCAAGUGAUUCAUGAUGUGGACUUGCAGAAAUUGCCAGUGAGGUUUGCAAUGGACCGAGCCGGGUUGGUUGGUGCCGAUGGGCCAACACAUUCAGGUUCAUUUGAUGUAACUUACAUGGCAUGCCUUCCAAACAUGGUGGUGAUGGCUCCUUCAGACGAGGCAGAGCUUCUCCAUAUGGUUGCAACUGCUGCUGCCAUAGAUGAUCGACCCAGUUGCUUCCGAUAUCCAAGAGGAAACGGAAUUGGUGUUCAGCUGCCACCGGGGAACAAGGGUACCCCUCUGGAGGUUGGCAAGGGCCGAAUUUUGAUUGAGGGUGAGAGAGUGGCACUUUUGGGCUAUGGAACAGCGGUUCAAAGCUGUUUAGCUGCAGCGUCUUUACUGGAACGUCAUGGCUUACGGUUGACAGUUGCAGAUGCACGCUUCUGCAAGCCACUUGAUUGUGCCCUCAUUCAAAACCUGGCUAAAUCUCAUGAAAUUCUGAUCACAGUGGAGGAAGGAUCAAUUGGAGGGUUUGGGUCUCAUGUUGCUCAGUUCUUAGCCCUCAAUGGAUUUCUUGACGGAGGAACAAAGUGGAGACCGCUAGUUCUGCCCGAUCGGUACAUUGAGCAUGGAUCACCAUCUGAUCAGAUGGCUGAAGCUGGCCUCACACCAUCUCAUAUCGCUGCAACUGUAUUCGACACACUCGGAUUAACCAGAGAGGCCCUGGAGGUCAUUUGGUGAUCACCCACCAAAUAUAGAAAAUGGAAUUACAGUGUACACUGAUUGUCUGAAGAAAAAGGGAAGUUUUAGCAAUAAAGAAGAUUUAGCUGAA